GACGAAGCGUAAGAUAGACACUAUGGUCUUCUUUAAAGACGAGGUCAACAUAUUACUAGUGAAACUCUGCAGUUGAAAGUGAUUAGUUAGGAAGAAGGAAUCAAAUACUAUCUAUACUCUACUUAUAUUAAAUUCAUUUUUCUUUCAAACUUAUUCCUUACCUAUAAUACUAAAAUAUAUACCUAACAAACAAAAGAGAGGUAUCGACACUUGCGCCAUCGUGGUGAUGUCUGGCUGCUUCUCCGGUGGUUAAGAGAUCGAGAGAGUCACUCACGUUCAGAUCGAAAUAUCAGAGUAGUGGUAUCAAGGAAGCUCGGUGGUGAUAGUAAAUAGUGCACUACUACAGGGUCAGUGAAUAGAUUAACGUGUUCGUGCGUACAGACAUAUUCAGUGUUAAAAUCAAAAGUAAAGAAUAAAUUAAAAGAAGAAAAAAAAGAUUAGUGAAACGUGCAAGUUGAUAGUAAUAGAAAUACACUUUUUCAUUCCAGAAUUUGGAGACCAAUCUAAGUAGCAGAAAGAAAUACAACAGCAACAGCUUCUUAUACUACUCACUAACUAGAGCAGAGAUCAAACGAGAGAACAGUGGAAGAAGAACAACUCUCAGACUUUUGUAUAUACGUCAGAAAGGAAACCAAAACUUUACUGGGGUGGCACUCCCAUCUUGACGGUGUAAGAGUGCGAUAUUUAGUGUAGUGCAAGUAUCAAGUACAACAGCUGCUUAAGUAAUAUUAAGUCAUAGCUGCCCAGAAAUGCAAUGCAGAAUAGCGUGCUGGACUUUGCUUGGACUCUUCUUCCUCACAAGAUGCAGUGCCAACAAUGAGAACAGGCAGAAAAAUUUAAAGGAUAAACUACUAGGACAUACAAACUACAACUCAUUUGGUGAUGAUAUCUACCUAGAUGAUCAAGAUUCCUUAGAAGGCUCUGGUCGCAGUGGUGGUGAAAUUCGUGAUGAUCUCGAGGCAUCUGGCAGCGGCCUCGGUCCUGAUGAUGAGGAUGGUGACGGUGGUGAAUUCACGAAUCACAACACGAUUGAGCCGAUACUUAACAAACCAGUGGAACCCAAGGUGAUUGAAGAAACGAUAUACAAAAAUAAACAGACAAGUAUUGAUGCCAUUAACCGACCAGACAGUGACAAUGUUGAGCCAUCAAGUAUUGGAGAAGAUCGUGAUGUGAAUAGUGAUGAAAAUCGAGACGUGUACAUUAUGAAUCCAAAAACUGAAGACAGAGCGAGCUCCUUUUUUGCUCAGCCGGGUGUAUUAGCUG